UACGCAUUCAUAGACUCCACACCCCAAAAGCCCCAGCACAAAUGCUGUUGCAUCCUUCUUCUUUCCUAUUAUAAUUUCCUUCCUCUAGUCCGAAUCAGAGAACCUUCAGUUUCAAGCGACUCCUUGAGGCCUCGCAUAUCUUUUCAUUCUUCAAACGCAUUUGGACCCCAGUAAAAAAUGGAUCUAUCUACGGAAAAAGUACUUGGUUUGAAAUUGUUAGUGCAUUCAUGAUUCAACAGUUCCUGUUUGGCUCAAGCAAGCUUCUUGGGUUUCAUACUUGAACUUCUCAACAAAUGGAGGUAGAUAAGAAGAAAAAGAAAAACAAGAAGAAGAAUAAGCAGGCUACUAAGCAGACAGAAUGUGCCACAGUUGACGCCAUGGAAUCAAUUUCUGACGAUCAGAGCUAUGUUUCGGAGAUGGGCCCAGAUAAUAACAGUCAAAUUCUGGAGAUUCAAGUGUCACAAAAUGAUCUUGGGCCGAAGAUAGAUGUUGAUAUGGAUAAAAGUUUUGCUAAUGGCGCCGAAGGUACAACUUUAGCUGAAGCUGAGGAACAGUAUUGGCUUGACAGAGAGGCCAGCUUGCAAGAAAAAGUUAAGCAAUUGCAGACUCAAAAAGAUGCAAGCAUACAUAAAGAGGCUAUCCUCGAGGAGAAAAUCGAACAGUUGCUGAAGGAAAGAGAUGAAAAUUUACAAAAAGAGGCUAGCCAAGAAGAUAAAAUCACAAAAUUACGAAAUGAAAAGGACGCAUGCAUGCAGAAAGAGGAUAGUCUAGAAGAGGAAAUUGAACAAUUGCUGAAGGACAAGGACGCAUAUAUGCAAAAAGAGGCUGAUCUAGUGAGGAAAAUUCUACAACUAGAGAGUGAGAAAGAUCUAUGGCUCAAAAAAAAGGUUGGUUUUGAGGAGAAAAUUAAUCAGCUGGAGAAUGAAGUGGCCAUUCUAAAUUUAAAAGGGGUGAGCUUAGAUGAAAGGAUAAAACACAUGGAAAAAGAAAAAGAUUCCCGGGUCCAAAAGCAGGAUAGUCUAGAAGAGGAAAUUGAACAAUUGCUGAAGGACAAGGACGCAUAUAUGCAAAAAGAGGCUGAUCUAGUGAGGAAAAUUCUACAACUAGAGAGUGAGAAAGAUCUAUGGCUCAAAAAAAAGGUUGGUUUUGAGGAGAAAAUUAAUCAGCUGGAGAAUGAAGUGGCCAUUCUAAAUUUAAAAGGGGUGAGCUUAGAUGAAAGGAUAAAACACAUGGAAAAAGAAAAAGAUUCCCGGGUCCAAAAGCAGGAUAGUCUAGAAGAGAAAAUUAAACAAUUGCUAAAGGGCAAGGAUGCUUAUUUGCAAAAAGAGGCUGCUCUUGAGAAAAAAAUCCUACAACUGGAGAGUGAGAAAGAUUUGUGGCUCAAGAAAGAGGUUGGUUUUGAGGAGAAAACUAAUAAACUGGAGAAUGAAGUAGCCAUUCUAAAUUUAAGAGGGGCAAGCUUGGAUGAAAAGAUAAAACAUAUGGAAAAAGAAAGAGAUACUUGGGUCCAAAAGCAGAAUUCAACUGAGGAAGCAAUUGCCACCCUUGAAAAUGAUAACACAAAAUUACGAGCUGAGAUGAUGAAGUUGGAAGAGUCAAGGAGGAGGAGCCUCUUACAAGAAAAUCAUCUUUUGUCAGAGAACAUAUCUAGUCUGCAGUCACAGAUCAACAAACUUGAGAGCAGUGCUGCUUUUUCUCAUUUCUCUAUGGAGAAAAAUGUGCUUACCUCUGAAAAUGGGGACGCAGAUUAUCAGAUAGAAGCUGCACGUCCACUGAUUGAGAAUUUGAUUACAGAAAAUGCAGAGCUUGUAGAAAAGGUGAGUGAGUUAUAUUCUGAGCUUGAGGAAAGGGGUGCAAAAAUGGAACUCUCAUCCUUUGUUGACUCUGAUCCAAUGGAUGUGAUUCCUCAAUCACCUAAUGUUGCCGAUACCUCAGCUCUUGUGAUGGAUCCAACGGUUGGAACUGCAUAUUCAACUGAUUCCACGUCUGAAGCUGUUAAGAUGACAUUUGUUUCGCGUGAGAGCACAGAGUCCUUUGAAGAUGUCCUCAUCAAAGAGGCGCACGUUGAUGCCAAAGAUGGUAAUGCGCAUGCGAACUCUUCAUACUUGGAGUCAGAUGAAAUUGUGCAAAUUCCUUUGGAUGAGAGCGAAGUUAUGGAUGCUUCUGAUUUAGAGACGGGAGAAAAUGAUAAGAAAAUUGGCGUCCCGCUUUCAGAAGCUCCUUUGAUUGGUGCACCAUUCCGUUUAAUAUCCUUUGUUGCUAGAUAUGUAAGUGGUGCUGAUUUAGUCGAUCAGAAGUCCGGAAGCUCAGCCCUCUAACAUCCUACCUUCGCAGUUUAAUGUUUAUCAUAUCGUAUUAUAAACACAGAUAAUAUUGACACCACAUAUAUGAUGAUACAUAAAGCCAUUGUUUUUAACAAGCAGAUAGAAGCCACUCAGAGUCUGGGAAAAGCAUUUUUCUUGAAGCUAUUCAUCUCUUGUUCGUCCAUGGCCGCUGGUAUCAUUUUUUGUAGCCGUACUUUGAAGUUCUUUUUGCCGUGAUUUACCUGAGUAAUUCAUUGAUUAUAGUGUGUUUUAUUAUAAAUACAAAAAAUAUGUUGAGGACCCUAAAUCAAGUUGAAUUUGGGAACACGACGGUUAUUCUUAAAUUGAGAAUA